AUGGAGCCCCUGGAAGAAAGUGAACUCUGCUUUCCACACUUUCUCAACUCUUCCUGCAGGAAACCAAAGCGUCCACUCACUGAGGCUGCACUUAUUUACAGUAUCCUGUCCUUCAUCUCUGUUUUCACUGUGACUCUCAACCUGCUGGUCAUCAUCUCCAUCUCACACUUCAAGCAGCUCCACAGCCCCAGCAACCUCCUCCUCCUCUCUCUGGCUGUCUCAGAUUUCUUCGUGGGCCUGGUGAUGUUUUUUGAGAUGUUCAUCAUAGACGGCUGCUGGUUAUUCGGAGACAUCAUGUGUGUCCUGCAUCUGUAUCUAUCGUACAUUAUUACAGCUGCAUCAGUAGGAAACGUGGUGCUCAUCUCAGUCGACCGAUAUGUAGCCAUUUGUGACCCUCUGCAUUACUCUGCCAGAGUCACUGUGAGAAGAGUUACAAUACGAGUUUGUCUUUGUUGGGUUUGUUCUGUUUUCUACAUCAGUCUCAUCAUAAAGGAUAACUUAAAACAACCAGGCAGGUAUAAUUCCUGCUUGGGAGAGUGUGUGAUUGUCAUUAACUACAUAGCAGGAGUUGUUGACCUUAUUUUGACUUUUCUGGGUCCUGUCACUGUCAUCAUAGUUCUGUAUAUGAGAGUAUUUGUGGUGGCUGUGUCUCAGGCUCGUGCCAUGCGCUCUCAUGUUGCAGCUGUAACUCUUCAAGGUUCAGAGAAAGUAACUGCUAAGAAAUCUGAGAUGAAAGCAGCCAGGACUCUUGGUGUGGUUGUAGUUGUGUUUCUGAUAUGUCUUUGCCCAUAUUUUUGCUCCAUUCUUGCAGGCCAGAACAGCUUGUUGGGCCUUAGUUCAUUCGUCUUCGAGGCCUGGCUGUUCUAUUUUAACUCCUGUCUAAACCCAGUGAUCUAUGCUUUUUGCUACCCCUGGUUUCAAAAAUCUAUUAAGCUCAUUGUGACAUUUAAGAUACUUCAGCCUGACUCCUGUGAUGCCAACAUAUUGUAG